ACCGCUGAACCUGCGGCCUGCUAGUACUGUAGUUCCACAGACUCCAAGUUGAAGUCUGUAUUCCACAUUAUACAAAAAUUCAUUUUCUGUUUUUCAUCUACAGUUCUGCCUAAAGUUAGAGUAACUAGUCACUACGUAUUUGUGAACAGGAACUGCUUCAUUCUUCGAGUUAAUCGCUUCCUGAAUCGUGUGUUAGCUUUGGCGCUGUUUUGUUGUGUUUACCUUCCGUUUCGACAACUUGCACUGCAUUACGAUGUCCGAAGAAUCUAGCCACAAGGCCCAGAAGGACUGGCGCUCCAGCAAACACCUUCACAAGCGAGCGCGUUAUCUCUUGGAUCAUCCCGAUGAAGAAAUUCCCAGCGAUGUUACCUUUCUUGUGGGAAAUGGAGAUGGUCAACCAAAACAAAUCUUCAAGUGUCACAAAUUCGUGCUGUCCUUGGUGAGCGCCGUGUUCCAGGCGAUGUUUUAUGGGCCGUUAAGCCAGUCCACAGAGGAAACCAUUGAACUUUCUGAUAUUACACCGGCAGCAUUUCAGCUGAUGCUCCAAUACGCCUACGCUGACGACACGGAUUUUGAGAUUAGGGAAGAGAUUGCAACGAUGGAGAAUGUCUUGAAUUUAUUGUAUUGCUCCAAAAAGUAUCUCAUCUCUAAGCUGGCGAGGGCAUGUCGCGAUCACAUUCAGUCGUGGUUGGAACUGGUCCAUGCGGACAUUGUUUGCUUGAUUUUUCAGCAGGCUCGAUAUUUGGACGAAGAAAAUCUUGCGAUAAUGGCGUUAGCAGAAAUCUCGCGUUCCGCACCGUACAUAUUGAGUAGCGAAGGCUUCCUCGAUAUUUCCCUUCCUUGUGUGAAAGAAAUCUUGGAUCAGCCGAACUUGAAAGCAUCCGAAAAGGAGAUCUAUCAGCAUGUUUGCAAGUGGGUAAAGCACAAUGUUGCGAACGCCGCUGAUAAUUUACGCGAAUCCUUUGGAUCACUGUUGUAUUCCAUUCGUUUUCCAGCCUUCUCUGCUACUGAACUGUGUGACGGACCUGUAAAGGAUGGUGUGCUGACUGAUCGUAAUGUGCGCGAGAUUUUUGAACAUAUGCAUGGAACAGAAAAGCCAGUUCCGCCCUUCCUUGCCACGCCUCGAAUGUCUCCUCCGAAUCGGUACCACUGCAAAUUUACUUUUGUUAACACUAUGUUGAAAGACACGUGCUGGUCACCUUCUAACGUGUGGGUUAUAAUGUAUCCGGACUACGCUCCGGAAUGUUGUCGUUUUGUGCGGCAAAUCGUUGAAGGGCAUUUUCGCAUUCAGUUUGGAGGCUAUGCAAAUGAGUUUUCCAGUUGCAAAAGCCCUGGGCCAGCGGUAAUCGAAGAGGCUUCCGUGUUGUCACAUUCGGAGAUGGGUGCUUGCUGGUUGGAAUGGGAUGUUGGAGAAAAGAAUAUUAUUACUGGCCUUCGUAUAGCUGCUUGGAGGAAACCCGCUGCUAAUCACAGCGCGGUGUUUGGCUGUGUGAGAGAUACCGAUGAUAUUCAAGAUUUGUUCCGCAACGUGUCGUUUCUUCCCAAAUCAAGUACCUCUAUUAAGAACUUUCGAAUCCGUGAAGAAGAGUAACGGAAUUGUGAGAAAAUGUUGUAUAUGAAUUUUUGUUUGUUUGUGUUUUGCUUUAAAUACAGCCCUGCCGGGCCAAGUUGGGGCAGUUUUUUCUAAAAAUUACUACAUGUCUGCCGUCAACAAAUAAAUAAAUAUUUAUUUUUAACUUGAUUGCCGAAGGUGUCAGGCAUCUUUUGAACUAUAGGUCUCUUUGUUUAGAAGAUGCUUACAAUCACAGGGAGGUGAAAACUAAAGUCGACCAACUUAAAAAUACCUCUAAACCCGUAUGGAGUGACAGCUUACCUCCCACUCAUUAUUUUUUUAAAAAUUCGGUUGAGACCGUAGUU